UUCACUGUGCAAAAUCAGUGCGUGUCUGUGGACGAGACGGAGAGCCAGAGCGCAGAGAGAGCUUUGAAGCAUUGCAUUACAUUACAAGCAAACGUGCAAAUUGCACGCAAUGCAAUCGAAUUUAGACCUGGUGGGGCUUUAGAUAUCGCAGCCUCACCCAACGGGAUGCUGUUGACGUAGACGGGCCGCGCUUGGGAUUCCGAGAUGGACAAGCCAGAGGACGCGAUAGACGAGGACCCCGGGAGUAGGGAGCUGAACGAAGCGGUGGAGGCCGACCUGCAGCACCUGGAGGAGGAGGCCGGGGGAGGGGCCAGGUUAUGUGACCAUGACGCCAGCGCCAAGCGGGGAUCUCACGGAGGCGGUGAGGAGGAGGGGCUGCUGGCCAGGUCGGCCAGCACCGAGAGCGGCUUCCACAAUCACACGGACCGGGCUGAGGGAGACGUGCUGUGCCCCCAGGCCGAGCCCUUCGGCUCCCGGGAGAGGCUGCCCGAGAGCGAGGAGGACGAGAGGUCCUACGCCGUCCACUGCCGCCCGGAGGCGGAGGAGUACACGGAGCAGGCUGAGUCCGAGCAUGUGGAAGCGGCCGCUGCCUCCCGUGCCCUGCCUGCCGCCCUGUGCUUCGAAGCGGUGGACCACGAAGACCUGGGGAGCUCGGCCUACGCCGGCUACGUCUACACCCACCGGGCUUAUCACCACGGCGACGAGGACCACUACGAAGAGCCCUACGAUGACUAUUCGGCUCAGGAGCACGUCUAUGAGGAGAUCGUGGAGGCCCCCGAGAUGGAUGAGCGAGAGAACCUGCAGCUGUACAAGCGGGAGAGGGAGGAGGCGGAGAAUUACCGCAAGGAGGCCCUCGGCGCCAGGCUCCAUCACUACGACGAGCGCUCGGACAACGAGUCGGACAGCCCGGAGAAGGAGGCCGAGUUUGCGCCUUACCCCCGCAUGGACAGUUACGAGCAGGAGGAAGACAUUGACCAGAUCGUCGCUGAGGUGAAGGAGAGCAUGAGCUCCCAUAGCCUUGUACAGGCCUCAGAGGACAUGCCCGAGGACGAACAGAACUUGGAGAACGAGGACCCCACUUUGGCCAUGAACUCGCGUUCCGUCUCUUCCACGGGUCUGGGGGAGGUCGUGAGGCACACCAGAGAACAGAGGGACGCCAUAUCAUUAGCCAUUAAGGAUAUCAAGGAAGCCAUCGAAGAGGUGAAGACCAGAACAAUCCGAUCGCCUUACACUCCUGAUGAGCCAGCAGAACCGAUCUGGGUGAUGCGGCAAGACGUUAGUCCCACGGCAGAAUGUGAAAUCCAAAUGGUAAUGGAAGGAGAUCAAUCAGUCUCUCCUGGGUCGUCAUCUCCCCGUGGAGCAGAGUCAUCCAUGACGCAACCUGGAACAGACGUUCAUGAUGCAGCAGAGACGGCAACGAAUCGAGAGGAACUGUCUCCCUUAUUGGAGUCAACUUUCACGGUUCAGUCAAGAAAAGCUUUGGCCUCCUUUCCCACCUAUGUUGAAGUCCCCGGACCUUGCGACCCAGAGGAUCUAAUCGAUGGCAUCAUCUUUGCGGCCAAUUACCUGGGCUCUACCCAGCUGCUGUCCGACAAAACCCCGUCCAAAAAUGUGCGGAUGAUGCAGGCCCAAGAAGCCGUCAGCAGAAUCAAGAUGGCCCAGAAAAUGGCCAAAAACAGGAAGAAGGCACCUGAAGGGGAGCCACAACCUAUGACGGAAGUGGACCUCUUCAUUUCAACCCAGAGGAUUAAGGUUCUCAACGCCGAUUCGCAGGAGACUAUGAUGGACCAUCCCUUGAGGACCAUUUCGUACAUAGCGGAUAUUGGGAACAUCGUGGUGUUGAUGGCACGUCGGCGCAUGCCUCGAUCCAAUUCCCAGGACAGCGUUGAAGCCUCCCACCCUUCCCAGGAUGGGAAGAGGCAGUACAAGAUGAUCUGCCAUGUCUUUGAAUCGGAGGACGCUCAACUGAUAGCCCAAUCCAUAGGACAAGCAUUUAGUGUCGCCUACCAGGAAUUCUUGAGGGCAAACGGGAUUAAUCCAGAAGACCUGAGCCAGAAGGAAUACAGCGACCUCCUCAAUACUCAGGACAUGUACAAUGACGACUUGAUUCAUUUCUCCAAAUCAGAAAACUGCAAAGAAGUUCACGUUGAGAAGCAGAAAGGUGAAAUACUGGGUCUGGUGAUCGUUGAGUCAGGCUGGGGCUCCAUCCUGCCAACGGUGAUCAUCGCAAACAUCAUGCAUGCAGGGCCUGCAGAGAAGUCUGGAAAGCUGAACAUUGGAGACCAGAUAAUGUCCAUCAAUGGCACCAGCCUUGUGGGGCUACCAUUAUCCACCUGUCAGAGCAUCAUCAAGGGAUUGAAGAGCCAAGCUCGGGUCAAGUUGAACAUUGUGCGAUGUCCUCCGGUCACAACGGUACUGAUAAGGAGACCAGACCUGCGCUAUCAGCUGGGCUUCAGUGUACAGAAUGGCAUUAUCUGUAGCCUUAUGCGUGGAGGGAUCGCAGAGCGUGGAGGAGUGAGAGUUGGCCACCGCAUUAUAGAAAUCAAUGGGCAAAGUGUUGUCGCAACACCUCACGAGAAGAUAGUCCACGUUUUGUCCAAUGCAGUUGGUGAGAUUCACAUGAAGACCAUGCCUGCAGCCAUGUAUAGACUGCUGACAGCUCAAGAGCAGCCUGUUUACAUCUGAAAGGACUACACCCCCUGCCCCAGUGUGCACAGUGGAAGUGUCUGUGUGGUUUGGUUGUGUUGAUCAUUGCUGCAUUUGUGCAGCUGCAGAAACUACCAUUUUUUUUUUAAACGUGCUUUGUUUGACAACAAAAUCUGUAAAAAAAAAAAACGAACCUUUGCCUUUCAGACAUGCAACUUUGUGCGGUUUAUAUAGAAAUAAAUGUAAAUAUAUUCUCGCAGAUUAAUUCUCACUAAGUUAACACAAAAUAAGUGACUGGGCACCUAUAUAGUUUAAUGUUAUUUAAGAGAGGGCUUUUAUGCAGAACCAGUUCAUUGCAGGUGAGUGAUUAUGUCAUUGGGAAAUGUAUUAAAAGUUAAACAAAUUGAUAGGCAUUUACAAAGUCUCAACAUGUAUGUCCAUUUACCCAGAAGUUUCUAUGUCUUCUUCAUUCCUAAUUAUAUUUUAAAACAUUCCUGAUUAAUUCUCAUAAUCUAUUACUCUUUACCUCAUUGAUACAUUCCAACAUGCACUGGAGUGUUUGUAAUGAAGUUAGUUUGAUAAUCUUAUCCAAGUCAAAGUUUGAAACCAUUCUCUAAAGUUGAGGGCAGACCAUUCUUGUGUCAGCAAUUUUCGAUUUUUUAAAUAAGCUGUAGGUCAUGAAUUCCUAAUUUAAAUUAAUAAAAAGGCAGAGUUUAGAAAGCAUGGAAUGUUACACAGUUCCAAUCUCGUAACAUCUAUCAUCUGAAAACUAAUCAUUGGCAACGCUUGGGUAAAUUAAUGUUCUAUUUUGGGGCAAAGAAUUAAAUAUGCAGAGGUGGGACUGAGAUAGAAAUUAUUUAAAAACAUAGGUUUAAUAUACGAUCUUAAAAUAUGUCAAAGUAAAAUGUUAGCAUCAAAGUGGUAGAGUCCUGCCAAGCAAUUAUACAUUUAAACACACACUAGGACGUAAUGUAUUGUUAGACAGCAUUACAUUCAGUGCUGGGGUACUUCCCUUGCACACACUCGAACAUCCAACAACAGAUACAAUUUCUGAGCCAGUGUUUCAGCUUGAGGUCUACUUUGUGUAACAUGAAUCCAGUUAAUGAAAAACUUCAUAUGUUUAGCUACUGUGCCGUCAUUUGUGACAGUUUAAAGUGGGGGUGAACAAUGUUUAAUGGGGCAGAACCUUUAACCAACAGGGGGUCAUAAGGAUAGACACAAAAUGCUGGGGUUACUCAGCAGGUCAGGCAGCAACUCUGGAGGAAAUGGAUAGGUUAUGUUUUGGAUUGGGACCCUUUUUCUGAAGAAGAAAGGGCCCAACCUGAAACGCCGCCUAUCCAUUUUCUCCAGAGUUGCUGCCUGACCUGCUGAGUUAUUCCAGUUCCACCUUUGGUGUAAACCAGCAACUGCAAUUAUUUUUUAUUACACGAGUAACAAGGAUUUAGUCUUGAGUAAGUGGAGGCAUGAUUCUGCUCUCCUGUGGGACCAUGAGUGCCAUGAACAUUCUGGACAGGUGUUUGACUCAUGAUGAGGUUAGCAUUCGACAAGCAGUAAUCAUUGAGGUUUAUAGUACAGGAGGUGAUCCAUUACACCUCUGUUAGGUGAAAGAGCUAUCCAGCCUGCAGCCUGUAAGUUUGCACAGUGCUCAUCCUGCCACUUAUUAGAUGCUGUGAGACUGUCUGGUAAUGAUCAGUGAUCAUCCAGUAUUGAUGGAUUAGUUAUGCUUGUGGAUUAAUUGGAUGAAACAUUAUAACAGAGUGCUCUUGCACUUCCCAGCCAGAAUAUCCCGAGAAUUUUAGUGGAGCAUCAGAGUCCUGUCACACAGGUAAAUUAAUUGAGACCAGAGUAAUUUGAGGGUGAAUAUACUGAAAAUGCCAGAGUUUAUCUCUGCUUUAGACUCAGUUCCUAUGUUUACACAAAACUAAUGUGUUAACCUGCACAGUUCUGUAGCAUCAUUACUUGAAGUUAUUAUAAUGGCAUGGCACAAGUUAAUGGGUUUCAUUCAAUGACAUGUGUGUUAAUAUCUAUAAUCUAUACCUACAAAUGCCGAUGUGAACUUAAUGUAAAUACUUUAUGCAGCACUAGAAUAUACUUUUUUUGUUAUUUGGUGCAAUAUAAUAUAACACCAGACAUCAGGAGGUUAUAACACUGCAACAUAAAGUUCUACUUUGUAAUGUUGUUUGAAGUUUGUCAGCUAUUAAUUAUUGUCAAAUAAUGCACUUAUGAAUGUAGUUCAUAAUCCAGUUUUUUUUUUUGAGGAUUAUUUUUUGUGUUUGUAAUACAGUGACAGUGUCUAUUUAUUUAUGUUACUGUUAAGGAUUUUUUUUGGGGGGGGAAGGGGGAAAAGAGAGUGAUAUGUUUAAUGAUUUACAUUCCUUAACUUUUUACUCAAUUACAAAGAGGAAAAGAAAAGUGUUCAAAUGUGUUCAGUCUGCAAAAACUUAUUUUAUCAUCUUGAAAGAAUUUUGCCCAUGGUCUCCACAGCUGAACUCGUGCGAGAGUAUUGGCUAGCAAUUGUAAACACUUCUGUGCACUCAGAUCCAUUGAAGAGAACCAAAUUAUUUUCUUCACUCAUGUGACAUGACGAUUCUGGUAAGGUCGAUGUUUAUUGCCCUUCCCUACUUGCUGACAUUCUUCUGAAGAAGGAACUCCCGUGAUGUUGUUAGGGAGAGAGUUCCCACAUUUAGUCCCAGGAUGGCCUGCACAUUGUAGGGGGAAGCAGCUGAUGGGGUUGUGUUGUAUUGCCGCUCCUGACUGUGCAGGAUUUUGGGAUGUUGCUGGCUAAGUCUUGGCAAUCUCAUGACCCCAACAAAGUGUGGGUUGAUGGGUUAAUUGGCUGCUGUAAAUUGCCCCUCGUGUAGGUGAGUGGGAAGGAUAAGUAGAGGGAGUUGAGGGGCAUGAGUGAGAAUAGCUUCAGGGAGAUAAAUGGGGGAAUAAGACUGAUUAAUGUACUAAGAGUCAACAUAGACUCAAUUGGCCAAAUAGCCCCUCGAGCCUUAAGAAAAUAUGUGAGAAUGGUCGGGAGAUGCAUGUUCAAAUCCUAGUAUCUUCAUAGCAGAGUAAAUAAGUGUGGCAUCAGCAAUGGUGGCCAAUAUACAUAGUGGAUUAUUGUAAAGCCCUUGUUUGUUAUGAGUGAUCUUGCAGGCAGUAAAGUGGGGGAAUGAGAUCUACAUGAUGUAAUAAUAUAGCGUUAAAGACACAGCAGGUCAGGGUGCAUCAGUGGGGGAGGGAAAGAAACACAGCGGAGGUUGUGUAGUUUGACCCACCCACCUAUUCCAGAACUUUGCUUUUAUUUGGGGUUUUUGACAUCGGUACUUGGGCCACUCUGUGCAUUUACUCAUCUCUUUCUUUUGACAUCUCUUUAAAUCAGUGUGUAAUAAUGUCUGACUGGGGCUUGGCUCGAAGUGCCUUGAAAAAGGGCCAGUUACACUUUGCUACUUUUCACUAAGUUUAAACAACAGAACCAGCAGCACAUGACUGACCACACCUGAGAUUAGACAGCACGCCUGGCGUGUUCUUGUAGAGGAGGAGGGGAGAAAGCCCUGGAGAUUGUUGCUGAUCUUCCUGUUUUGGUUCACUACGCGUCGGUCCUGUGACUGGCGUUUCCACGUAUUGCCUCUCUGUAGCUGCUGUGUGUUGCAUGUAUUUACUUACCUCUGUAACAGUGUUCAGGCACUGUCGGCACAGGGGAUGUGUCUCACAACUCUUGAACAAUAAAACGUACCAGAAACAACUG